CACAGAUCAACGUCAGAUUUGGAGUUCUGGACAAGGUGAGUUGCUCUAGCCCUGAGAUUGGCUGGCUCGAAGUCGGCGGCGCUUGGUCUUCGUAUUGCGGCUUGUUCAGUGCGGUGGCACUCUAGUGUUCAACGCGAGAGAAGAGCGUGGAGCAACGCACGGAAAGACUGGUUCGACCAUUCGAGCGACCGCCAUGGCCAUGUCGCAGCUUCAUGGACAAGGUCAUGACCAGGGCCUGGCACAGGCACAGUCACAAGCUGGCAUGUCCAGCAAGGAGAAUGUUGAGCCGCUUCCCUCCAUCCAGCGUGUUGUCGAAGCUGCCCUGUCGACUUAUACAACUGUAUCGCAGAAGCAUUCGCCCACGAUCAACGCAACAGCUGGAAGCGCAGACGGCAGCGCUUACACGGAAGAUGGUCGGCUUGCAUCUGCUCAAUUUCUCGACGAAUACCACACCCAUGUGGCCAACCAACUCUAUCUAGUGUAUGCAGCGCAAUGGAAAUGGAACGGAGGGGCGGGGGAAAGCGCAUUCAGUCAGCCGGCCAUCGAUGGCAAAGAUCCGCUCACCUUUCUCGAUCCGCAUACACAUUCGCUCGCCUACCUCUACAUUCUCACAGCACGUCUCAACCGCUUGCAAGUAACGGAGGACCUAGUAGCGCGGCGGCGGCAAGAUGAGUUCAUACGAGUCAAUACGGCGUGGCUCGUCAACUUCACCACCAAUAUGGAUGGCAAACAGUGCUCAAACGCACCAGAGCGAGCGCAUCAAUUUUCCAAAGGACUUGCAAAGGCAGCGACUAUUAUCGGGGAUCCGGGCUGGGCGUUGCCGCUCAUGAGCAAUUUCCUGAAGCACUUGGUGCGGGAUCCAGCAGAUCUGUCCUCAAUCUAUCCCGUCUUCCUCUUUCAAUGCCUCGAAGCAAGGGACUACGCCCGGGCAUACGAUCUCCUCUUGCAGCAUGACGUGUCUCGCGCAAGCAAGAAAGCUUUUCAUUUGGUCUACACCGAUGUGCUGGAGUACUUUUACUAUGGCGGGCUCGUGCUUACCAAGCUUGGCAGGCUGGAGCGCGCGUCAGACUUUUUCGAGAGCUGCCUGAGCGUUCCAUCUCAAGAAUUGAGUGCAAUCCAAGUCGAUGCGUUCAAAAAACGCAUGCUGGUGCAGCUGAUCAAAGAUGGCAAAACGACGCACCUGCCAAAUUACACAUCCAAAAAAGUACGAAACGUCAUGCGCAUGCAUGCCGGCCCAUAUAUACAAUUCGCGAACGCAUACGCGAGCAAGAUGGGUAGUCGAGCAUCCGAGGCACGCGCGCUCACAUCCAAGCACGCGUCCAUUUUCCAAGAGGAUGGGAACGCAGGGCUCGUACAGCAGUGCUUGCUGCUGCAUCGUCAGCGCCGCAUUCAAAAUCUCAGCAAGAUGUUCAGUGCAAUUCCGUUGUCAGAUGUGCAUAUGCUUCUGGGCGAAGGAGAUGCAUUAACACUGGAUGUGUUGCAGCAGGAGAUAAAUGACGCUACGACUCGAGGCUGGAUCGCAGCUCGAUUUACUAAUGUACUGGACGGACCGUCGCCACUCGUUUACUUCGACCCUAUUUCCUCAGAGGCUUGGGGUGGCACCGUUCUUGGGAACGAUUCGACAUUCUCAGAAACCACACGCCGCAAGUUGAUGGAGGCGAUGGAAAACGUGCAGUACUGGCAGAAGCGCGUGGAGGAAGAGGAAAGAAGACUUGCCAGGAGCGAUGGAUUUUUGACCAAGCUCGCAUGCCGGACCAGAGGCGAUGCAAAAUACGGCUUCGAGAUGAUGACUGACAUGGAUGAAGACAGCGCUUUCGACCCUUGAGAUCUCCAUCUGUGCCAUGUCAAUUUCACAUGAACUGAGUGCAUUUUAGAACACGCACGAAUUUGCAUACAUUGUAUCAUAGCCUUAGAUAGCAUGAAUGAUUGUCAGA